AUGGCUGAAUAUGACAAUCCAGUGCGACCGGAUAUCUCGAGCCAGAAACCCAGCGCUCCCUUUGGCCCUCCGUACCGUCCUUACUGGGCACGAAGCCCUGUUCAGUACGCGCAAGACCUCCUCGGAUACUCAGAAGAUCCAAUCGAGUACGAUUACGACGACCGCGAUUACUGGGACAACUGCUUCUUCUUCCCGGAGGACUGUUCUUGGUCUCCGCCUAAGGGCUGGGCUAUCGAAGAAGCCCUUGAAGACAUCGCACCCGGAGACUGCCACGAGCAGUACAUCGAAGAAAGCAUGAUUCCCGGUCUUCCAGAUAUCAAAAUGCUGGAUGCGGAGGCGCUUAGUGACCUCUUAGAGGAUAACCUCUCGCCUCCGGAAAUCACAUCAAUGAUGGUGUUCGCUACCAAUGGCGCCAUUUUUGCAUACGCUUCCUCUCUCCCGUCCCGGCAGUUGCGCAACCUGAGUGCAACGUAUGGAGCAGCUUAUACAUGCUACGCGAAGAAUGCAUCCUGUGGUAACCUGACCGGCGUGAACCCAGCCAGUCAUCCAUCGUCAUAUGUCACCACCCCCUCCGCCUCGCUAGGCGAUGUUGGGUCUAUCGUAUUCGAACUUGACGACCUCGUUGCAGUCGUGACCAGAAUAGCGGACAAAGUCCUCCUUGCCGCAGUUGGGCCAUCAAAAUCAGGGAAUGCGGAAGACGCAACGAGCCCGAACGGCGCACAAGGUCUUUUGAACGGCUCUACGCCGCUUGGAUCCGACCACACGUCUGGGCCAGAAGCCCUGAAUGAUGGACGGACGUAUGCUAGCGUCGUCGCAGCCAACGGAGGCCGAGGCCAUGGCGGGAAUGACACUAGCUCAGAUGCACAGCUUGAAACACAGUACGAAAUCGACCGCAGCAGUGACCUAGCCCGUCUUGCGAGUCUGAAUCUCUCCACCUCACCAUCCAUCCUGCUUGCGCUGGAAUCGAAGUCCGCAGCGUUAGGGAGGUUCCUGAGCCAGAAACUUUCGGAUCUCGAGAGCCCGGAGGAUUUCUAG